AUGAGUAGAAGCGCUGCUGCUUUUGUAUCUGCUUUUGUGGGUUCUUCUUCUUCUUCCUUUAAUGAUUCUUCGAAGAAGUGGAUGAUGCGAUCGUCGUCCUCGAGGCGGCUGCAAAACCCAACCGGAAGGAGGAUUUUCAUCAUCAAAAGAAGAGCAUCGUCGUCGUCGUCGUCGAAAAGAAACAGCGCGAACGAUGCGUGUUUUUCAAUCGUCGCGUCCUCGUCUGAAUCGUCUUCUGAUGAAAGCGAAAAGCUGAAACAAAACCUCGCGAGACGGCUCGGCGCGGCGGCGAUUGUCUCCACGAUUGUCUUCUUGGGAGGGCAGAAAUCAGCCGCCAACGCGUCCAUCGAUACCGUCAAUAAGAACAACGACAAUACGAGUUUUGUCUGUUUUUCUUCAGAAGACGGUGGUGACGUGAACAACCAGAGAGUCGCGGGCGAAGUCGCUUCGUCGUCCUCUUCGUCGUCCUCGUUUCAACCGAUUGCGAAUUUGAAACCAACGAGAAGAGGGUUUAAGAACGAAGCGGUCGGGACCAUCGCGGCUGCCGACGGCUCUACUACAACAGAAAAGGAGAAGAAGAAGAAGAAGAAACCUCCGGUGAAAUCCGAUAAAGGAUUGUGGUCUUUCGUGAAGCCGAAAGCGGAUGAGCGGACGAGACUUUUUCGGGCGCGGUUCGAUAACGACGUUCGAAAAAUGCCGACGAGCGUAAUGACGGACGAAGAAAGCGCAGAGGCGAGGAAAUGGAAGAAAGAAAGUGACGCGAAGAAGAGGAGAGUGUGGAAGGAAGAGAAGGAGAAGUUUAUGAAAAAGUACGGGUCGCAAGCGGCGUGGGAGGCAAAGUUGAGGAAGAGGAACGCCGAGCUCGCGGGAGACAAUAAGAGGCUCAAAGAGCUUUCGAAAAAAGCGGCGGAUAAAGCCGUGUUGACGUUGGCGCAAAUGGAUACGUAUUACGGGGAGAUUGAAGAGAGCGCGAAGAAUUUGUCCAAAGCGAGGAAGGAAGUGAUGCAAGAGUUGUUGGAAGAACGCGAGGCGUGGUUGGAGCAACGCAAAGGUUGGUUCGGGAAGAUGUUAAGGUCGGACGCAUCGAAGCGGUUCGUCAGAACGAUCAAUUACAACUACUUGAAAGAUCCGUAUUCGAGCAUGGGAACGGAUCGAAAUCCCACGGAAACCUCUUACACUGGGUUUUACAAAUUGCUCGAGGUUGGGAGAAUCAACAAAAUCGUCUUUGGGAGAAACGAAACGACCGCAAAGUAUUACGUGGACGGCACCGACGAGGUAUUUUUCACGUACUUGCCGUACGAUGAACGCAUCGCAAAGAAAAUAUUACAACCGAGACCGCACUCGAGAGGCGAGUUUAUCGAGUUAUCGCACCCGGGUGGGCAUCCGUUUUGGUGGGUCUUAGGCCACGGGAUUUUCAACGCGUUGUGUCCGUUGAUCAUCGUCGCGGUGUGCUACCAGAUGUUGAACGAAAUCUACCGCGCGGACGAAACAGAGGACCAGUUUGCGAAUAUUCACGCCAGGCAGUACUCGCCGGAGAAGUCUUCGAUGGAAAAUCGAAACACUUCGUUGGACGAUAUCGCCGGCAUCGAGGCGUUGAAGGACGAAAUGUACGAGUUGAUUAAAUUCUUGAGAGAUUUUCAAAAGUAUAAAGACGUCGGCGCGGCUGUUCCCGGGGGAAUUUUGCUCAGCGGUCCUCCUGGUACUGGAAAAACGUUGUUAGCGCGAUGUAUUGCCGGUGAAGCCGGUGUUCCAUUCUUCUCUGUCGCUGCCACGGAGUUUACCGAUAUGUUUGUCGGCAUCCGUGCCUCUCGGGUGAGAAACUUAUUCCCCGCCGCGCGUAAAGUUGCUCCCUGCAUCAUCUUUAUCGAUGAAUUUGACGCCCUUGGACAAAAGAGAGCCGGUCAAAGUGGCACGGAGGAAGGCGUGGACGAACGCGUCGCGACGAUUAACCAAUUCCUCGCGGAAAUGGACGGGUUCGAGGAAAAAGUUGGCGUCAUGCUCGUCGCCGCGACGAAUCGCCCGCAAGUUUUAGAUCCCGCGCUUAUUCGUCCCGGUAGAUUUGAUCGCAUCAUCGAAAUGAAUUUACCGAACAAGUCCGCUCGCUCAGAUAUCAUUAGAUUACAUAUCACCAAACGCGACGCGUGGGGUAACUGCGAGCCGGAUUUGGAUAUCGAUUACAUCUCCAAACUCUCCUCGGCAUUUAGCGGCGCCGAUCUCGAAAACAUGGUCAAGCAGUGCAUCGCCAAAGCCGCCGGGCAAAAAGGUGGAAUGGCGACGACUGAGGAUUUCUUGAAAAUCAUCAAUAGCAUUCGCGCGACGAAGUCUUUCAGCAGCGGCUCCAAAGACGGCACGGACACUUUGAUGACGAGAUCCAAGUUCAAAGAAGACGUCGCCAUGCAAAUUAUGAAUCCGUAUACUCGAGACUCGAUUUGCUUAUACACGGCCGCGCAAGUUGUCGUAGCUAUGGUAGCCCCAGAAUACGACGACGUUGCAAACGUCAUCGUCUUCCCGGGAGGUAAAGAAACGUCGGUGAUUCAAUACAUCGCUCGCGAGCUCGAUUCGCAAGCGGCGAUGAAUGUGAGACGUCGAACGCAAAUGGAAUCUAAAAUGUGUACUUUAGUCGCCGGUAACAUGGCCGAAAGGUACAUCUACGGUCCUUACGGCGUAUCUACCAUGUCCCAUCGAGAUAUGGUCGUAGCCACAGAUAUCGCUUUAGACUACGUCUGCAAAUACGGGUGGAGCGAACUCGGUCCGGUAGGUUUGAUGCGCAAACGAAUCAAAGAGGAAGAAUUUUUAGGCUUGGGAGAGGACGAUCACCCGGAAGAGCACUACAGAUUUGAAUACAACAUGUCCGAAGAGCUCGACAUGCUCGUAUACAACGAAGUUCGAAAACUGAUCAUCACCUCUUGCCGCCGAGCUUUGUGCAUCAUGCACGAACCGAAAAAUAGAGAGAUGCUCUUCACGCUCAAGGAAGUUCUCAUGACGACGGGCGAAAUCAGCGGUCGAAACUUGAUCGAAGUCUUUGAAAGAGCCGGCAUCGAACGCACCUCGCAAGAGGAUGAACUCUUCAAACCGUGGUCGGUCUGGGAUUAUAAAUGGGGCGAAGAGUUUGAAUUCUUUUACGACGAGUUCAUACACCGAUCUAUGUCCGACGCGACCAACGAAGCCCACUACGAAAAGAUCCGCCAACUUUGGUUGAAAAACAUGCGCGACGAAACGUAUUUACAAACCAUAGGCCCGCACAUCCGCGAACAGAUGGACAAAGUAGACAUGCGCCAAAUGAAAUACUGGAAAGCUUUGGACAAAAACGCUCCCGAUUACGACCCGGAACUGGUUGAAAAAUACAAAAACGGUGAAAUCGAAUGGUUAAGCGAGGACGACCCGAAACAUUGGAGAGCGCAAAAGCGAGCGCUGAAUAAACUCAGAGCCGAGCAAGAAGGUUUCGCCGAUUAUCCCUUGGUGGAUAUGUGGGAGCAAGGCGAGAUCAAUCCGUAG